AUGUCAGUAGUGGUAACCAUCCGCUCUGUUUUCCUCUGCUGGGCACCCUACUUCACUCUGCAGCUGGUUCACCUCGGAGCUGCGCAGCCCGCCGUCGUGUGCCGGGAUGCCUCCAACAUGGCCAUCCGCCUGGGUUACGCCAGCUGCUGCCUCGGCGUCUUCCUGUGCACCGUGCCGAGUGUAGAAACACGCCAUGGGCCGUCUCAGGAGACUGCUCUCAGCACGACACAUUCUCAUCGUACAGGUAAUUAUCUCGCACUGCCGAUCUCCGUUCCUUAGACCUGGGCAGCACCACGGC